UCUUAGAAAUGUAAUUACAAACUGAUAUUGAUUGAUCUAUGUUCUUGGCAUCAUGGUUGUUUCUCUUACUUCUUUUGAGGAAAUAUGUGUACACUCAAAAGGUCCUUUAGGAGAAUCUAACAAUUGAAAUUUCUUAAUUUCUUCAGACAUUUUCUUUGACAUGCAAACUGAUGAGCCAGUGAAAUUAUCAUGUUGUGUUUUUAAGGAUUUUCUUAAUGAGGAUGGUUGCAGGCUAUACACUUACCAAAAAGAGAAAAAGUCGAAGAAUCCAAAUAAACAUGUCAUUUAAAGGCCUACAUGGAGCCAUCUACACCUAAUGUCGUCGUCUCAAAACACUUUGUUUUUGCUUCCCUCACUCAUAGGGUGACAUGUAAGCAGGUUGCUGUGGCUGGCACAAACUCUAAAGACACUAAAGCAGUACUGGGAUCAAGGCCAGACAUUCCUGCUUGCUUGGCAAUUGGAAGGAUUUUAGCUGAGAGUGCCAGAGAAGCUGAUGUAUAUACUACUUCUUAUACUCCCAAGGAGAAGGACAAAUUUGAAGGAAAAAUCAUAGCAUUGGUUCAGUUGCUCUUUGAUAAUGGAAUUGAUAUCAAAGUUUAUCUCGACUGA